AAGGCAAUUGAGCGAGAAAGUAAUUGAAUGGGAAAAUUUGAAAAACGUGUUAAAUUUUGUUUCAUGUUUACAUUUGUUUAAAAGUUCAUUGGAUUUGGGAUUUAAUUGUCGUCCGGGACUUAUUAACGUGGAGAAAAUUGAUAUUUGGAACAUAUUUGAUUAGAAUGUGAAAAUUAAACAACGUUUCACCUUUUUGGAGAUUCAAACAUUGGAUUUAUACCUUAGCCUAACAGGUUUUUAACCGGUGUAUUUACUACCAACACAGAGUAACUCUGUGACUACCGAUACAUGGGCUUUCUAUUUUUUUAUUUGUGACCAUAAAUUAAUUGAUUGAGAUUCAGAGGACUAUAUUUGAUCGCUAGAUAACUAACUUUUAUCAACAUGUUCGAUCAGGACCCAAUCAACCAAAGGUUUUAUUUGCAUCAACAGUCAAUUUUUCAUUAUGAUGAAUCAAUUCGGGUUCAGACUCUUGGUAUGUUGCUUGAAAAUCCAAAACUAUCUAAUCCUAUUCCACCAGAAUACUUGGAAAUAAUCAAAGACUCGCUCAAUAUCGGAUUAACCAUUCAAGAGCCCUGUAACCGGCAGAGAUUUUUGGUCUUGAUGGACAAGAUGUUCAAAAGGAUGAAAUGUUCACUUGAGUAUUUCAUUCGCAGAAAAGAAGAAGGCGAAGAAUUUUUAUUCUCUUCUUACAAGUCUUUUGUAAUUAGUACACUGGAAAUCUGUUUCAAUAGUUUGUAUAUUGAUGGCUAUUUUGCUAGAAGAACUCUUUCGUUGGAAUUGAUACAAAUGGUUAUAGUCAACUUUGCUAACACAGAUUAUUUUGCUCCAAAAGAUAUCUUUCUAACAUUAGGCUCAGCCAAAUCAAUUUAUGUCACCCUCAUGAAUUGUCUGAUUGAAGAUAGUUUGGAAGAGACUAAACAAUUAGUUAUUAAUGUAUUAGCAGCGUUGGUUGAACAAAAUGUGAUUUUCUUGGAAACUACUGAUAUUGACUUCAUUCGUGAUAAAGCUUUUCAGAUGUUGUCCAAUAUCAAUCCUCUCAACGUAAUAUCAGCCUCAUAUUUAUUUCGCUGCCUAACGAAACUUAUCUCGCUAGAUGAUUUAUCUCAAAGAGUUGACAUCAACUUGGAGUUGCUAAACAUUUUAGUUUCUCAAGUUGAAAUAUCAAUAAAAGAAACCCAAUCAUCCAUUCUUGAUGGAGCAGUUUAUAAUCCAAUCCAUAGUCGAUUAUCAUCAAUCCAUGGUUUAAUCGAGUCUCUUGAUUCUGAAUGUUUUAAUUUACGGAAACCUGAUUGGAGUCAAUUGAUGGAAAAAAUCGGUACCAUUUGCUUCGAUGCCAGCGAAACCGUGAGCUGUAUUGUUUGUAAUGAUUCACCUGAAGGAUUUCUUCCCAUGGAUUUGAAACCACUAGACGAUGAAAUGGUCAACAAAAUAGUUGGACGUGAAAAUCUAUCCAGUCCAAUCAUUGUAGAGAAGCGCCGUGACAUAACUUCUCAGAUGUUAUUAAUUUUUGGUUGGAAAACCAUCAAAGAAGCUGCUCUUAUGUUGGGUAAAAUUUGUGAAAAAAUUGACCACACUCUGGAUAAUAGUGUUAUCAAUUGUUCCUUUGUUGGAAAGGUUCUAAACUAUUUCGUUCAUCAUCUUAAAGAGUUGAAACAUAGAGGUGCUUUUGAACAGGCUUACACUGGCUUUUCGAUGGUGGUGAAGUGUAUUUGGCGGAAACCGUGUUCAUGUUUAAAAGUGAUUGAAAAUCUUCUCGAUGAAAUCCUCAAAGACCUUGCCAAUGAAAACGAGGAAGCAAAUGGUCCUAAAUGUAUUACUCGUCGAAGCGCUGGUCUUCCCUUUGUUACUCAAGCCAUCGUUUCUUCUGAACCUAAAGAUAAUCGAAACAGAUUACUCAGUCAUGUCAUCAAUAAUCUAAUCAAAAUUUGCUCCAGUGAAUCAGCUGAAGAUUGGCAGAAAGUUCAUUGUUUAAAUGUUCUGCGAGCUUUAAUAAGAGAUAAACGUUUAGGUGAAAGAGUUGAUACAUUCAUCGAAGAUUGCCUUAAAUUGUGCCUUUCCCAUUUCGAUUACUCAUCUUAUUCAGUCUCCAAUUCAGCUUCCAUCCUAUUCAGUGCCUUGAUGAUUCGUAUUUUUGGUGUCAACCAUUCCAAAGAUCAUUAUCACAAGAAAAAUUCAAUGUCACCUCACCAGUUUUUCCUUCGAUAUCCAUCAAUGUGUGCCUUUAUCUCUGAAAAUAUUCAUAAAACUUCUACUCGUACUGUUUUACCAACGCUUUUAAUCAUCUUACGCCUUUGGCCUACAAUUCAAGAAACCAAUUGCCUGCUAUUACCUUACAGAGAACCAUUAAAGUCUCUCUGUUUCCAAUCCAAUGUAGCCAAAAUUCGAGAUCUAUCCGGACAAGCUUUAGCUCAAGUUAUAAGUGCAGAAGAAAAGUUAAUAGCUGAAACAGUCGAAUACUUGAGCAGCGAUUUGAAUAAGCCCGAUUUGCCAGUUAACCACCGAGAUGGAUUGAUAUCUUUCUUAUAUCAUUUUGUUCGAUGUCAUGUGAAACAAAUUGAAACUGACAACUUGCACCAUCGUUUAAUAUCAAGCUUAACCCAACAUACUAGUGAAUUGCUAGUCUCGUUAAACAGCACCAAUGACAUUGACAUAAUCGGAAAACCUUUGUACAGUUAUAAUCGUUUUGUAACAACGGUUGAGAUACUUUUGGAGGAACAGUUGAUCAACCCAGAGGAUCAAAUUAUUUGUGACCUGUACACCAUCUUAUCAAAACUUUUAACCCUAUUCGAAGCCAAUCCAAGAACUUUUCAAUUUGCCAGUUCGCAAGAUUUUUUUGUUAAACUAAUUCACUUCACUUUAUAUUGCUCACCAUUUGAAGCAAGGAAUAAAGUCAUUUCCACCCUUCUCUCACCAUCUUUACCGGUGGAAAUGAUUCACCUAAGAACCAUCAUAUUCAAGUUUCUAACCUAUUCAUUGGCCAAAGAUUUAGAUACACUGGAAGUUACUGUGCGAGAUGAAAUAAUGAAUGAUUUUGAGUUGAACAUUACGGAACCUGAUUUCGAUACUGAAUCUCAAAUCAGAAUUAUCGAGCCCAUUGAAGUUAUGAAAUUCAUUUCAUCCUGUUCUGAAUAUAAAUGUCUAUUGAAUAAUGAUUCAUUGACUACAUUUCAACCUUUGCGAAAUCUUCAACAAUUGUUUUACCUUCUUCAUUGUGCUCUUGCUCGCCUAGAAUCACAAGAUUUAACUAAUUGGAACUCAUUGUUCGACACUUGUUUCAGUUUAUUUGAACAACUUGAACCAUCUGGUGUGGUUGAAGAUACCUUAGCACUCUUCUAUCUCGUUUUAUCUGAUAUUUGGGAUCAUCAAAUAACUGUAGCUUCAGAUAUUUUAUUACAUGAAAAAUUGAACCAAUUUUGUGUUUCUGUCAUUUCUAUUUGUACAAUUGAUAGAAGUGAUUUAUCUAGAAAAAUUGCUGUUCUAAUUGUUGGUAAACUACUGCCGACUCUAAUUAAAACUGCUACCACCAAUAAAGCCAGCAAGGUUUAUUUGCCAUCAAUCUCUUCAUUAUGGCAAACAAUUCCCAAUCUUUUGCAAGACAAUAGUCCAGCAAUCAGAGAUUUUACAGCAACAAUGUGCAAUGAUUUGACUGAUUUUUACUUUACACCAACUCAGAUACCUAAAGGAGAUUUGCUAAAUCGCUCUUUUCAAUUGUUAUCUUCUGUUUUCUCAGAUCUGGACGAGCAAGACUCACUUCGAAGGGUUCUAUUGGAUUUAAUUAAUGGUCAAAAAACAAUUUCAGACAAUGAUGAUGAACAGGAGCGAUUCUUUGAUAAAAGUAAAAUUAAUUUCGUUGAAGAUCCAGUCCAAUUAAUUCUCAUUGCUAAAAGUUAUUUGGAACCAUUAAUAAACCAAGUUGAUUGCAACCUUUUUCACUCCACACUGCAAGAAGCCAACAAAAGUAAAGCUCCUGUAAUAAAAUUAUCAGACUAUUUUGGUUAUUGCGAGAUGAAAAUACAUAAUCUAAUGGGACAGUUUCUUGUAAAAUUGUCUGACGCCAAUUUAGCUCUGGAAGUACAUAAAGCUUUAAUAAUCAUGCAACUUUGGAUAAGAUCAAAACCCAUUUGUGACGAGUGUUCAUCUGCCAUGAAAAACAUGAAAGAAACCCUUGAAACUUGUAAUUACGAAGCGAAAGUCAUCUUUUCAAUUGCCAGUGAAAUACGGUUAUUAAAAGUGGGCCUUAAUUGUUGAUAAACAUUGAAACAAAACAUGACCUUUAUUUUGUUAAAUUUUCCUAUGUUAACCUUUCAGACUAAUUUUUUGAAACCUGUUAACCAGUGUUGUAAAUUAUCCAACUGCAUGUCCCAAAUCAUUUAUAUGGUUCAUUAAUAUUUUGUUUAUUGAAACUCUAAUCAACUUGUUGAUUACUUUGAUUGAUUUAUUACGUGUUAAAAUGUUGCCAUACGUUUAAAGGAUGUGUAUUAUAAGUGAGAUAAUGUAAACCCUGUCAAACCCUGAAUGGCAAGGUUUGAACAAUCAUUUGAUUACUAUUCAAUAA